AUGUUUCAAGUACCGAGUUCACUUGAUCUGAGGGCAUACUUGCCGGAACCCACGCGGCAGGUCACUGCCGACAGCCCCCUCCCGACGUCCUAUAUUGCCUCCUCUCCCACUUUUAGCUGCCCUUCAGCUCAUGACCUACUCUGUGGUUGCACUGCCUCCUACGCCCCGGAUAGACUCCUCUGGCCCACUACCUUUUCCGAUGACAAUUUCCGUCCGACAACGGAAACGAGAGACUGUUUGCCACAUCAGACGUGGGACAAAUAUCGAUCCGGUAACUGGAACCCGGCUGGACUUCUUGCGCCUUACACUCGUGAUCCAGAUCCGCCGGAGGCGCACCUCAAUUCCUCCUCUUCCCCCGACGCCCAUUCCAGUGUCACGUUUGAUAGCACCGUCGCCUCUCCUCCUGAGGAGACCGCCCCCGGUACAACGCCAGCAAUGACCACGAUAUCCUCCAACAUGCUGCCUGUACUGGCAUCCAGUCAGGCCAAACCUCCCUACUCCUACAUCAGCCUUAUAACAAUGGCGAUUCAGUGUUCCCGUAGCCGUAUGUGCACCCUCUCAGAGAUUUACGGUUUCAUCACCAACUUAUUUCCCUACUACAGACAGAAUAAGCCACGCUGGCAAAACUCCAUCCGUCAUUCGCUCUCCUUCAACGACUGCUUUGUCAAGGUAUCACGGGGACCCGACAAGCCGGGCAAGGGCUCCUUCUGGACCCUGCAUCCAGAUUCCGGUAACAUGUUUGAAAACGGCUGCCAUCUACGGCGACAGAAGCGUUUCCGAGACCCCCAACGAGAGGCAUUUCGUCGAGAGAGACGUUGCAAACCGGGCGGGAGCGGUAUUUCGCUGUCCGCUUCCUCCCUCACGUGCCGAAGAAAUGAGAAAAAAGACACGGAUGAUCCCAGCGGUGCCGCCGUCGCCGCUGCCAUAUACGAGGAGUGGAGUGUGACCAGGCCUGAACUCAGCAAGGCAGUCCACAGUCGGGGCCUAGGAAGGCCAGAAUUCUGUGAACCUCUGGAGGAGAGUUCAAGCGAACACUCUGAGCAGACGCUGCAGACUGACUACCUGGUGAGGAGCAGUACCUGCUGCGGAGUUGAGGGGAGCCCUGCAAAUCCCGAUGCAGUCCCCCCGUCCGCGCCCUCCUCGUCCACCUCCUCCUCCUCCUCCUUCCCCCCACCUCUGGUAGACUUCAAAUGGCAAACCUCUGAUCCAGGCAGUAGUAGUCACUGGGCCGCACCCGGGUUGCUUAACCCACCAGUUCAGACAGAAGAGACAAGUUGGAGGUUUCCACAACAGGACUCGGCUCCACAAAUAGCGGAUAGAUGGAAGUACCUGCCCGCUGCGGACGGUUUCUUUGGUGGGGCCUUGGUGAAUCCAGAGACGAUCGGUUGGAGCGCCUGUUGUCCACAAACUCAGUACGAAUGGCUGGAAUUCCAACAACGACAACAGCAGCAGCAACAACAACAACGGCGACAACAACAACAACUUCAAACGCAGGAUGGAGACCGAUCGUCAGGUGAUGCGCCCUUCAUGACACUAGGAUCACUAGUUGAUAGUACAACUGACUUCGAACAGGUUCCUCCCGGCACAGCCUUUAAAUAG